AGAUGAGUAAGGGAACCUGACUGACAAUUACUGUCAAAAUAUGAAAAUAGUUAUUUUAUAAAGAUUUGGACAAUUUAAAUAGCCGAAGACUUGUCUUUUGUUUAUUUUUUAUGUUGAUUAUUUAUCAUCGUACGAAAUUUAUUACUUAGAUAUUCUUAUAAUCAUAGUAUGCUAUUAGAGAUGCAGUCAUUCACAGCCUUCAUGAAAUAUGUCUUCUAUUACAGAAUGUAGAAAGUACUAGGUCGUAUAUGGACGACUUAUAUUCCCAAGAUCCCAACAAAUGCUUGUCCUCGAUAAUAUGCAUCAAGAAUUCUGUAAUUGGCUCCAACCGCCAGAAAGGGAGCGUAAUUGCACAGGGUAUAGUACCUCGAUUAAUUUAUCUGCUGAAGGAUAAAAACACAAAGAUAGAAGUUAGAAUUGAAGCAACAGUAACAAUAGGAUCUCUAGCCAAAGGCACUGCUGACCAUGUAGAACUUCUUUUACACUCGGGAACCUCUCAAAUUCUCCUUGAUAUCUUGGAAGAAACUGAACCUCGACUAAUUGAUGCUGCUCUGUGUUGCCUCCGCUCUCUGUCACAGCAUUCUAACCUAUCAGAUGUCAAAUAUACCAUAAGGAAUAUACAAAAACUCCUGACGUUUGCUUCUCCCAAAGAAAGCUUACAACGACAAUCAUGUGUUGCUAGUAUUCUCACAUCUGCUUGCAAAACUGCAGUAGAUCAAAAUAUAGUGUGCUCUGUUGGUGCUCCUGCAGUUUUAGGGGCUCUACUGGAUGUUUCCAAUAACUCUCUGAGGAUAUCUGUAGUCACUUGUUUAGCAGCAAUGUGUUUGAAUAACCCUCUUGCUGCAAAUGAAAUAAAGAACACAACUCAUAAUCAAAAGAUAAUUCCCCAUCACCUAAUAAUUUUUAUGUCCAGAGAAUACCCUAUUGACGUACAAUUGAGUGCAUCUAAAUGUAUGACAAAUCUACAUCGAGCAGGCGCAAUAUCAGCAUAUGAUCGAACGAUUCUCUUUCGCACGCUUCCUUGCUUAGUGAGGCUCUGCCAGAUAGAGUAUUCGGAAGUUCAUAGAACCAUAGCUGCUGACACGUUGGCUUAUCUAACUGAAGUAGACAGCGAUUUACAGCAACUAGCAGCCAUUAGUAAUCAGCUUGUAGAGGCUUUAGUGGAUUUGUUGAAUUGCCCCAGUGAUUCAGCUCGAGGAGCUGCUUUGAAGGCAUUCGCUUCUUUGGGUGCCAAUGAUGAAGAUAUCAGAAAAAGGAUAAUAGACACAAAGUUUUUGAUGGAAAGGGUGGUGGUUGGUUUGAGUGAAGAAAAUAAAGAAGUAAGAUUAGCUGCCGUGAGAUGUCUACAUUCUCUGAGCAGAUCCGUGCAACAACUUCGGACUACCUUCCAGGAUCAUUCUGUGUGGCGACCCCUGAUGGCAUUACUGACAGAUUCCCCGAGCAUAGAGUUGUUGACUGCAGCGUCUUCUGCGCUCUGCAACCUGCUGCUGGAGUUUUCACCUGCGAAAGAGCCCAUGAUACAACAAGGAGUGGUACAGCUGCUGGCAACGAUUACAUCGCAACCUAGCCCCAGUCUUCGAUUGAAUGGAGUGUGGGCUCUCAUGAACCUCGCCUUCCAGGCAGAACAAAGGCUAAAAUCACAAAUUCUCACUGCUCUGGGCACCGACCAGAUAUUCAGGCUUCUGGCGGACUCCGAUACCAAGGUUAUCAUGAAAACUCUAGGUCUGAUUCGAAAUUUGGUUUCUCCCCGCAUGCACACCGAUACUAUGAUGGCUCUGCACGGUCCGCAAGUGAUGCAGGGGGUCGUGCUGGUGCUAGAAGGCCCCCACAUGCCGGAUGUUAAGGAACAGGCUUUGUGCAUUCUUGGAAAUAUUGCUGAUGGAGAGAGGGCCAGGGAUCACAUCAUGUCCAACGAGGAUGUUCUAAAGAAACUCAUAGAUUAUAUGACCCACCCAGCACCAUGCCUUCAAGAAUCUGCUGUAUUUUGCAUCAAUAAUUUGACAAGGAGAGGUGAACCUGGUGCCAUUGAACGUCAAACGAGGUUAAAGGAGAUGGGAGUGGUAAAUAUAUUACAGCAGUUGUUGAGUACCACUGAUACGAUACUGUUCAACAGGGUGAAAGCAGCCCUCACCCAAUUCGCUGAUGUAUGAAUUUAAAUAUUCUUCAGAAACUCCCCAUAUAUAAUUCAAUGUGAUGUGCUGUAGACUGAGAAAUGUAACAAAUAUUUAAACCCUUCAAAGAUCUGCGUAGUUAAGUUUUAGGUUUAAAUCGAGUUCUGAAAGUACUGUAGUACCUUGUGCAUAGUUUGAUUAUAUUUGUGUUAAAUAUUUCAUCACGCACUUUAAUUAUACCAGUUAUUUAUU